UUCGACUUCAUCUAUGCAGAAAAGCACAGCCACAGAACAGUCGCCCUCCGCUAAAGAUCCCACGCCGUAUUUUUCUGCUGUCUUUUCUCUUUUGUGUGGUGCUCUGAAAGUUUUUCGGUUCCUUUCCCUAUAGGUCUCUUAUUUGUGAUUCAGAACGGCGGCUUCGUUUCGAAAUUUGAGUGGUUGCUUUGAUGGCCGUGAAUUGAUCGCACGUUUGGUGAAGUUUUGUCUGCGGCAUUUAUUCUGGGUUUUCUUGGUUGGUGGUGGCUUCUUUUUUUGGCUAUUUCAGUUUUGAUGAAGGUUUUGUUGUUCUUCCAAUUAGUUUUUUGCAAAGACAGUGGUUCGAGACAAAAGGUCACUCACUAGACACAUUUCAGGACAUUGAUUCUAAGGUCUUUGCAGCCGGACUGUAGGUUUUCCAGCCCAGCAAUGUUUCUUCGAACGCACCGUAUAUUGACUCUCCAGUGCAACUCCCUCUUAUUGCCACCUACAUUUCUAACUUUGAAACCCUUCCCAUCUACCCUCUCUUUGAAAUUUCAUCGCUCCUACUUGACCCACAAACAUGCCACCCUGAUCUCACGCCCAACCUGCAGUGUGUCAGCUUCAAAGAUCCAGAAGAUGUCAAUUUCCGAUGCCACACAGUUCGUGCGUAAAAUGCUAUUUGUGCCUCCUGGAGUGGACCCUGGAGAGGUGACUGAGGAUAUGGUCGUACCCGGAUCUAACAUUGUGAUAGGACCCUACGCAGGUCAUUCCCAGAUAAAGGAGGUGGAGUUCGUGAAAAGCAGUGAACGGGCCAAGGAUUGCCCCAAAGAUGGUCGGCCUGAGUUUGCCAUUUUGGGUCGCUCCAAUGUUGGCAAGUCCUCGCUUAUUAACGCUUUGGUUCGCAAGAAGGAGGUCGCGCUUACUUCUAAAAAACCAGGAAAAACUCAGCUUAUAAAUCAUUUCUUGGUGAACAAAAAUUGGUACCUAGUUGAUUUGCCUGGCUAUGGCUUUGCUAAAGCCCCAGACUCUGCACGCAUGGAUUGGUCCUCAUUCACAAAAGGGUACUUUUUAAACAGAAAUACUCUGGUCGCUGUCCUACUACUUAUAGAUGCAAGUGUUCCCCCUCAAAAGAUUGACCUUGAUUGUGCUAAUUGGCUUGGACGAAAUGAUAUACCAAUAACUUUCGUUUUCACAAAAUGUGAUAAAAUGAAGGGGGGGAAGGGCACAAGACCAGCUGAGAAUAUCAGGAAUUUUCAAGAGCUGAUGAGGCACUACCGUGUUCAUCCCCCGUGGAUCUUGACCAGCAGCGUAACUGGUUUGGGCAGAGAUGAUCUUCUUCUACAUAUGUCACAACUGAGGAACUACUGGGAUCAAUAGUUGCUUAUGUGAAAACUGCUAUGGGAUGUUGCUCGAUGAAUUGGAGGAAGUUAUACAUAAACCUACCAGUACUGUUCAAACUGGGUUGUCCUUUUUUUAGGUUUUUGUUUGAAGAUGGGAGCUCAUGUUAGCAAUUCUCCAUGAUAUUAUACAUGUUGGAAUAUGUGCAACUUGGUUUUUGGUGGGAUGUAUUCUUAUUGUACACAUAUAGGUGCAAAAUAAUUGCAUGAAUUCUUGUCAUUCACUAUGCUUAUCCAUUUAUUUGGGUUGUAGAAACGGAGUUGUUGAUGCCCUAAUGCUACACAAUUUCUGCCU